AUGAACAUGACAUCGGUCUUUGGGCCCCCACCGGAGGGCAUCAAUCUCAACGAAAACCGAAAUAGGGAAGACACUGCAGUUGUGGUGACUGUAUGUGCGCUCGCAGUACUCACUAUUAUCUUCCGUCUCUUUGUGAGGUUAUAUAUGCAGGGAGCGAAGUUGGAGGCUGAUGAUUGGCUGAUUGGGAUAACUGCCGUUCCAUUGAUUGCAUUACUUGCAUCAUCUAUCAUUGGGGAUAUUAACCGUAUAUCAGGUGGUACUUAUGGGUUCGGUUUACAUGUUUGGUGUGUGACACUAUCGAAUAUGAUCCUUUUCGCCUACCUCAUUGUCUAUCUCGUCGAGCUCGCCCUAAUCAAAUUCUCCAUCCUCAUGUUCUAUCGCCGAAUCUUCGGUAUGAAUUGGAUGAUCUGGAUCACUCUGUUUAUCUCCUAUGGCUGGUGUUUAGGAAGCAUGAUCGCAGCCCUAUGUGCCUGUGAUCCAAUCUCAUAUUUCUGGACCGAAAUCACCGACCCUACAUCUGGCUCAUAUCGAUAUGAUUUCUACUACUACUAUAUUGGGAACGCAGCUGCCAAUGUCUUGACGGACGUUCUUAUCCUGCUCGUCCCGAUGCCUAUUGUUUGGAAUCUUCAGAUGCGGACGACACAAAAAGUUGGCGUGUGUGCUGUGCUCCUUCUAGGCGGAUUUGUCUGCGUUGCAAGCGGCAUUCGAAUCCACUACCUAACCUACCUCAAAGGCAACGUCGAUAUCACAUGGGCUUUGGGCAGUGUAUCGGUAUGGUCAACCGUCGAGCCAUGCAUUGGAAUUAUCUGCGCCUGUCUCCCCGUCCUCCAGCCAUUCGUCCGCUCAAUGGUCAAGAAAAUGCCCAAUUUACCGGGCACCCAGCAUUUCGGGGGGUCGCGUGGACUGUCUAGUUUUAUCCAGCGGAUAUCUCUCCACGAUCGGGAAAACGACAAAUACAAUAUGGAAUGCAGAACGAGUCCUACGCCCUUUCACCCAGAUGAAGACCUAGAUCCUCUGACGUCAGUGAGGACUCAUGUGGAGAUAGAUCCGAAAGAGAGGGUCAAUGAGGAGAAUCUAGAUCCUAUGGCAAUUCGAGUUAAGCGAGUGGUGCAUUGGAGUGUUAAUUAA